UUACCAAUCCGAAGCCGCCUGUGGCUAUAAGGCAUGCCCCACCUCCAAAGCGAACAUGAUAAAUAUUCACCUGGUGCCACAUUCUCACGAUGAUACUGGUUGGUUGAAAACUGUCGAUCAAUAUUACUAUGGCAGUCGUAAUGGUAUUCAACAUGCUGGUGUCCAGUAUAUUUUGGAUAGUGUCAUUACAGAACUGUUGAAAGAUAAGACGAGAAGAUUCAUUCAAGUUGAAUCGGCCUUCUUCUUCAAAUGGUACAAGGAACAAACGGCUGCUGUCCAAAAGAAUGUCAAGACCUUGGUGGAAGAGGGACGUUUAGAAUUUACCGGUGGUGCCUGGAGUAUGAACGAUGAGGCGGCGGUGCACUAUCAAAGUGUUAUUGAUCAUUUUACAGUGGGUCUCAAAUCCCUUGCCGACACCUUUGGUACCUGUGCCCGUCCUCGUGUCGGCUGGCAAAUCGAUCCCUUUGGCCACUCCCGUGAAAUGGCCUCUUUGUUUGCGCAAAUGGGUUUUGAUGGUGAAUUUUUCGCCCGCAUGGAUUAUGUGGAGAAAAAUACUCGUCUCAAUAAUAUGACCGGUGAAAUGAUAUGGAAGGCCUCGGAUAAUUUAGAUGAGAGAUCGGAACUCUUCACAGGGGUUUUGUAUAAUCAUUAUUCAGCACCUCCCGGCUUCUGCUUCGAUAAUUUGUGUUCCGAUGAUCCCAUCAUUGAUGGUGACAGUUAUGAGAAUAAUGUUAAGAAGAAGGUUGAUGAUUUCCUUACUUACGUAAAUAAAAUGGGAACAUAUUAUCGGGCCACCGAUUUGCUGGUACCAAUGGGCGAUGAUUUCAAUUAUGAAAAUGCCUAUGUGAAUUAUAAGAACAUGGAUAAAUUGAUCAAAUAUGUCAAUGAACGCCAAUUGCAAGGUGGCAAGGUGAACGUCUUCUAUUCCACCCCAGCCUGUUACCUCCAGGCUCUUCACAACACCAACAUGACCUGGCCGGUGAAAACACAGGACUUCUUCCCCUACUCGACAGAUUGGCAUACCUAUUGGACCGGCUACUAUAGUUCACGUCCCACCCAAAAGCGAUUCGAACGUGAUGGUAAUCAUUUCCUGCAGGUCGCCAAACAAUUGACCACAAUGGCUAAUCUGACCACCACGACAGCCUUCGCCAAUUUGGAUAAUUUACGUCACGCUAUGGGUAUCAUGCAACAUCAUGAUGCCAUUACCGGCACUGAGAAACAACAUGUUGCCUAUGAUUAUGAUCGCAUGCUGACCAAGGCCAUUAGCGUUGCUGAGACCAAUACCCGUGAUGCUCUACGCAAACUGACCAAUUUGACAAAUGGUGAAUUUGACAGUUGUCUUCAAUUGAAUUUGAGCAUGUGUGAAUACAGCCAAUGGAGCCCCAACAAUUUGGUUGUGACCAUUGUCAAUCCUUUGGCACAUCCUUCUACACAAUAUGUACGAAUUCCUGUUAAAAAUGGUACAUACAUUGUCACCGAUUCCACUGGGCGUCAAGUUAGGUCGGAGGUGGUACCAGUGCCCAAGGAGGUUAUUGGCUUAACCCAUUUGAGACCCAAUGUAUCGCAACAUGAAUUGGUCUUCUCAGCCUAUGCUGAAAAGAUUGCAAAUUAUUAUAUUAAGGUUGCACCAACACCACGAUCAGAAGAGGAGAAAAUUGCCACAAAUGAGAUCAAAUUGCCUAAAGGCUUCUUUAGGCAACGGUAUAAUAAAUACGUGGAAUCAAAGAAGGAGGAAGAGGAGAUUGAACCCAGAGCUGCCGGAGAUGUAAUCGUACAAAAUUCGCAAAUCAAGUUGACCUUCAACGCCAACGGCUUCCUCUACAAUGUCCAAAUGAAUGGCGUCUCCGAGGAUAUCACCCAACAAUUCUACUAUUAUAAGGGUGCCUAUGGUAAUAAUGCUGAAUUUAAGAACCGCUCUUCGGGUGCCUAUAUUUUCCGUCCCAAUGGUACAGAGAUUCUAAUUGGCCCUAAGGCCACCUUAUCGUUUUACAAUGGUACCCUGGUCAAAGAAGUCCAUCAACGUUUCAACGAAUGGGUCUCGCAAGUGAUCCGCAUCUAUGAGGGUGUAAAUCGUGUUGAAUUUGAAUGGUUGGUGGGUCCAAUUCCAAUUAACGAUAAUAUCGGCAAGGAGGUGAUUACCCGUUUCACAUCGAAUUUGAAAAAUUCCGGCGUAUUCUACACCGAUUCCAAUGGUCGUGAAAUGUUACGUCGUGUCCGCAAUGAACGUGAAUAUUUCAAACCAAAUUUGACCGAAAGUGUUUCCGGAAACUACUACCCCAUUACAUCGCGCAUAGCUUUGGAAUCCACGACCAGACGUAUGACCCUGCUGAAUGAUCGUGCCCAAGGUGGUUCAAGUUUGAAGGAUGGUAGCUUGGAAUUAAUGUUACAUCGUCGCCUGUUGCGUGAUGAUGCCUUUGGUGUGGGUGAGGCUCUCAAUGAAACUGUCAACGGUCAGGGUUUGGUUGCCCGCGGUAAAGUUUACCUCAUCUUGAGCCCUGUGUCGAAAACAAGUACCGUCAAUGAACGUUUGGCUGAACGUGAAUUACAUUUGCCCUUCUGGAAGUUCUUCAGCAAUUCCACAAAGGCCACCAACAAAGUUUUACCACGCCUACCCACCUUUACCUCAUUGCCGAUUGGUGUUGAUGUCCUCACCUUGGAACCAUAUUCGGCCAAUGAACGCCUCUUGCGUUUGGAAUAUUUCCUUAAUAAAAAUGAAAGUACCAGCAUCACAUUUAAUAUUCGUCAAGUUUUUGAUAGCUUGGGUGGUACGGAGAUUCGUGAAACCACCCUGGAUGGUACUAUGGCCUUGAGCAACAUGAAUCGUUUCAAAUUCCAACCGGAUGGUACCGUUCCAAAGAAAGUGGAAUACUACAAGUCGAAACACACUCCCUUGGCAGCUGUACAAAAGGAUGCGGCUUCGAAGUUCCAAAUUACCAUGGAUCCAAUGCAGAUCCGCACCUUCAUUGUGAAGUGGAAGUAA